ACGUAUCGAAAGCUGGCAUUCGCGUUUCACUAACUUUACGUGCAAUGGCCUUUUACUUAUAUUUAUUAUAUAUUUCAUAUAAUAUAUAAUUUACAAUAUACAUAUAUAUAUUAUAACAGCCAAAAUUAAAUUUAUAUGUAGUAUUAUUAUACAUAUAAGUAUAAUCCUCUACAAUCCAAAAACUAUCACAGUGUCGGCACCACCAACGUAUAUUAGUGGAUUAAUUAGGAUAUUAAUUGUGUUAAGUGGCCACAAUGGAGUUUCUACGCGCGAACGAAUCCGUAGAGGACUUUUACAUGCGAUGUACGAACCUGACCGUGUUCGACUGUAGUGAAGAAGAAAUGCUAUGGUGCACGAUGGGGCCAAGGCGACUUCCACUGUCGAGAAUAAUACCGAUCACAGUCUUUUUGUUGGUGAUAUUUCUGACUGGUGUCAUAGGAAACGUGGCAGUGUGCGUGGUGAUAGUACGACACCCGGCGAUGCAUACAGACACCAAUUACUACCUCUUUAGCUUGGCCUUGAGCGAUCUUCUCUUAUUGCUAUUUGGCCUGCCAAAUGAUCUUUCCGUGUACUGGCAUCAGUAUCCAUACAGCUUGGGCGUCGUAUUUUGCAAACUUCGUGCUCUGAUAUCUGAAGCGGCCUCCUACGUCUCCGUCCUAACGAUUGUCGCCUUCACCUUAGAGCGCUAUUUGGCAAUUUGUCAUCCGCUGCAUAUCUACGCCGUAGCAGGACUGCGACGGGCCUUAAGGAUUGUGCUAGCUUUGUGGGCUCUGUCUCUGCUGGCCGCCGCACCUUUUGCACACUACACCACUGUCAACUACCACGAGUAUCCACCAGCAUCUGGCAAUGCAUCUUCGGAGUCUGCGUUCUGCGCCAUGCUGGAGCUGCCUUCAUGGUACAUUUGCGAGCUGAGUAGCUUCUUCUUUUUUAUUCUGCCCGGCCUCGUCAUCCUCUGUCUGUACGUGAGAAUGGGUUUGCGCAUUAGGUAUGUCAUGGGGACCACACACACCCACAACCCUGGCAGCCCGGGUACUUUAAAUGGAGUAAAUGGAAGCGUUCACGGCGAAGCGAGGCAGGCGCAGUCUAGGAAGAACAUAAUACGAAUGCUUGCGGCCGUAGUGAUAGCAUUCUUCGUGUGCUGGGCCCCAUUCCACUUCCAGCGUCUGUUCUUUAUCUACGGCAGCAGCGCGGCGCACUACCACACCGUUAACGAGUAUCUAUUUCUGGCAGCUGGAGUAUUCUACUACAUAUCUGCUACUGUCAACCCUAUUCUCUACAAUAUUAUGAGUCACAGAUAUCGGAUUGCGUUUAAGGAGACUCUCUGCUGUCGCAAGGUUCGACGCAAGAAGAGCCGUUAUAGAGACACCUCCAGUGUCCGUGAGACAGUGGUUAAUCACACUUCGGAAGGUACCCAACUAGUUCGCGUGCGAUCCCAAAGUCACGAGAGGCGUUCUCGUACGGAGCGCCCGCGUCGCAAUAGUUACUACGGAGCGGAGCCCUGCACACACGACCGCUGCAAGGACCGAAGAUCCAACGGUGUCUGGAAGGCUCACGAGCACAGGGAGUACCGAUUUGCUGAUUAAUUCAUCUAUAACGUCGAUGUCGAGACGAUUACAUUGUAAUUGUUUGUGUCUUUUAUAUUAUUAUAUAUACUAUUUGUCUCAGAGAUAUUGUAUUUAUGUAAAAACAACUGUAUAGCACAUAUUAGCGGAAAUAUUCACCUUUGUCUGAAAGAUUAUUAAAAUUAAUUAGAUAUAUUUGACAU